AUGGGCGUGGUCGCGGAAUAUACCGAUAUCCCAGGCGUGAUCCCCGAGACCCUCAUCUCCGCGUUCGCGCAGAACGAUACUCUUGAUGUCGAUGGACGCCCUAGCAAGCGGCGCAAGGUCACCAAGUCUGGUCCAUACAAUUUGAGUGAUGAGCUGGGUGUAUCGUCAACUGGAAUUCCCUUGGGAUAUAUCCCACUGACUCGGUUGUCUUUGCGAUUAGACUACCCCGAAGCAUAUCGAUUUAAUGAUAAAACCCCGAAUAAACUCUCCUAUCUCUCGCGCCGAAUACCUGUCCUCGUCGAAAUUCAAAAUACAAGUUCACGCUCUGAUGCGACAGUCACUCUCGACCGUCCGGAUGUUGAAUACGUUUCUCAUAAAUUGGUCAUUACAACAACUGAUGCAGAGAAAAAGGAUAUAAUCUCCUGUGUGGUGAAUGAUUUGCGACUGGUCGGCUUUCUUGAACAGCUCAGACAUGUCACUCAGCUGACUGCCGCCGAUCGAUGCUACAAUCGUCUUCCCACUGCGUGCUAUCAAGCCACCGUACAACUCUUGACCGAAACAAAAUCCCUGAUAGUGGAAAUAGUUGGCCUCUGGAGAGAUUCACUUGAGACGCCUAGUCUCAAUCAUCUACCAGAUCCAGCUUUGGAACUUUUUGGGAAGUAUGUUUUGCAAGAGGAUCAUGUAACCGCCCUCGAAUAUGCGCCUCACGGACGCCGUGAGAAGCUACUUGGACAUCAUCGGCAGUGGUUGCCACGGGAGUUCUACGAGAGUGUCCACGUCCCACAGGAUACUGAAAGUGCAUCCGCCAAUAUCAAGUGUGAUGAUCUGGAGUGUGAGCUUUUCCCUUUCCAAAGACGAGCCGUUAGGUGGCUUUUGUGGAGGGAAGGAACCCAGAUCAAGGAAGACGGGACCAUUGCCACUAUCGAUAGGCCGUUGCCAAAUGGCCUUCCAGCAUCUUUCAAGGAAAUACAGGACGCCGAUGGAAACGUCUGCUACUUCAGUCAUCUGUUCAUGACAAUUACUACCAAGAUAUCUCAAUGGGGCGAUGCCGCGAAUCUUUUGAGAGGAGGCAUCCUCGCAGAAGAGAUGGGACUCGGGAAGACAGUUGAGAUGAUUACUCUGAUGUGCUUGAAUCGACGACCUGCGCAAGAAACGCUGAAACCCGAUCCUGAUGGGUUGCGGGUAUCUGGCGCUACUUUGAUCAUUACACCACCGGCAAUCCUGGAACAAUGGAAGCAAGAAAUUGAGCAACAUGCUCCGAAACUAAAGGUGCAUCACUACACGGGCAUUAGGCGUGGACAAGAAAAAUCAGAUGACUUGAUGAUUGAAGAGAUAGCAGAUUUUGACGUUGUCUUAACCACCUACAACGUUAUUUCUCGGGAGAUACACUAUGCUGGUGCCACGCCAUCGCGGAGUCUUCGCCAUGAAAAGCGGUUUGAGACUCGAAAAACACCGCUAGUCCGGAUAUCAUGGUGGCGUGUCUGCCUAGAUGAAGCUCAGAUGAUUGAGAGCGGUGUCAGCAAUGCAGCAAAGGUGGCUCGCUUGAUCCCUCGACAGAACGCCUGGGCUGUGACUGGUACACCAUUGCGAAAGAAUAUCGAUGAUCUGUUCGGGUUGCUGUUGUUUCUCCAGUACAGACCAUUUUGCGACUCAAGCUCCUUAUGGAAGCGUCUUUACUCAAGAUUUGGCCCGGUGUUGGUCAGCAUCAUCAAUUCGAUUGCGCUUCGACAUACCAAAGACAAAAUACGCGACGAACUGCGCUUACCGCCUCAGAAGCGUAUUGUGAUCACUACUCCUUUUACUCCAAUCGAGGAGCAGCAUUAUGGACAACUGUUCGAGGAGAUGUGCGAACAGUGUGGUCUCGAUGCAUUCGGCGCACCUCUUGAGGAUGACUGGAAUCCCGAAGACCCGGGGACUGUUGAAAAAAUGCGCACCUGGUUAACCCGCCUUCGCCAGACCUGUCUCCAUCCUGAAGUUAGUGGUAGUAAUCGUCGGGCGUUGGGCGCCAGCAAUGGCCCGCUGCGUACGGUCGAUGAGGUUCUUGAAGUUAUGAUUGAGACCACCGACACAUCUAUCCGCACGGAAGAGAGAACUGUACUUCUUUCUCAGCUUCGUCGGGGCCAGCUUCUCGAGAAUGCGAAGCGAAAGAAAGAAUCAUUAACUCUUUGGCAGGCUGCUCUGGACCGUGCUACUGAGCUGGUAAAUGACAGCAGAGCGCAGCUUCAAUUACAGCGGUUGAAAAACAAGGGCGUGGCUCUGAAUGGCGUAACAACUAUCCCUCAAACUCCUGAUUAUACCACCGACGACGAAAACGACGAAGAAGAAGUAGACAAGAACAGCCGUAUUGGCCAGUGUCGUCUGAAGCUUCGUGCUGCCCUGGAAGUGCAACAUAUUGCUGUGUUUUUCACCGCGAAUGCGUACUACCAGAUCAAAAGUGAUCCCACUCUGACCCAACCAGACUCCGAGCAUUUCAAAGCCCUUGAGAAGAAGGAAGAGGAAGGGUACGAGGCAGCAAAGUUGAUUCGUAAGGAGAUGUUGAUCGACAUCUCUCGCAAAGUCGAGCGGUACAUGAGAGCCAUCAAGGAAAAGGCUCGAAAGAAGGAGUUUGUGCACAUUCCGACAAUGAAGCCAUACCUGUACAGCAGGGGACUGGAAUCUUACAGGAUACUCAACAAAUUCGAGGAUUUGUGCAAUGCUCUGAACAAGCAUGCCGAGCAAUACAAUCAGUGGCGAGAGGUCAUGAUUGGGCUUGUCUCUCAAUCACUCAUUGACCAGGAAGAGGAUGCUGAACUGGAAGGAAACGAGUACGAGCGAUCAACCAAGCACCAAGAUGAAAUGUACGUUUACAUGGAGGCUCUCCGUACGAUGUAUGCCGAUCGUCACGAUGCCCUUACCGGCCAGAAGAACAUUCUUAUCUCCCACGAGGCCAAGGCUGGUAUCGCUCAGGCCAAGAAAGGAGAAGGGCCAUCCCCGGAACUGUUUCUUUCCAUCAUGAACACUCGCAGUGAACUCAUGCCAGAUCCUAACCUGGGAUCACUUCGUGGUAUUGUGAGUGAACUACGCAGCUUGGUUGGCUCGCUCGAUUGGCAAGCUUCUGGAGGAAGCUCUCGUGCCAGUGCAGAACUUGAGAUGGUCACUUUGGUCUUGAAGAAUGCCGGCCGAAUGAUUGCUGAGCAGCUCAAAAUAUCUUCAAAUCUAGAGAGAGAAGUGGAAAUGUUUCGAGACACGAUGAAUAACCGACUGGAAUAUUAUCGUCAUCUCCAGCAAAUUUCAGACACGGUCGCACCCUACGAUGAAGAGAAUGCUGGCAAGCCAAUGGAUGAGAAGCUAUUUGCUUCCAAAUUGAAGCAAGAAGAAAAGAUUGAGGCUAAAAUCUCCUCACUCAAAUCUAAGCGGCGAUAUCUUAUCCAUCUCCGUGAUGAUCCAGGCGAGGAAGAUACCUCCCGCAUAUGCAUUAUCUGCCAGUCAAGCUUUGAAAAUGGUGUCUUGACUGUUUGUGGUCACAAAUACUGCGCAGAUUGUCUGCGAUUAUGGUGGCGCCAACAUCGAACCUGUCCUAUGUGCAAAAAACCUUUGAAGUUCAACGACUUUCAUCAAAUCACGUACAAGCCACAGGAACUGGUUGCCCAGGAAGAAGAGACGCCUUUCAAAUUUGACCACGAAAGACAGUCGAACAAUGCAAUCUACAGCGAUAUUAGCUCGGGUGUUUUGAAGCAGAUUGAAACCAUUGAGCUUGACGGUUCGUUUGGUACAAAGGUCGACACCCUUGCACGUCAUAUUAUCUGGCUUCGGGAGCAUGACCCAGGAUCCAAGGCAAUUGUCUUUUCGCAGUACAGGAAUUUCUUGGUUGUGUUGAAGCGAGCAUUCGACCGAUUUGGCAUCGUCAAUAGCAGUGUCGACGCCCCUGAUGGAAUCGAGAAGUUCAAAAAGGAUCCAGGAAUUGAAUGCUUUUUGUUACAUGGCAAGGCACAGUCGUCAGGACUGACACUUAUCAACGCAACCCAUGUCUUCCUGUGUGAGCCGCUCAUCAACACCGCAAUUGAACUGCAGGCCAUUGCUCGAGUCCAUCGAAUCGGUCAAAGCCGUCCCACUACAGUUUGGAUGUACCUCGUGUCCGGGACCGUCGAGGAAUCCAUCUACGAAUUAUCAGUAAAUCGUCGGCUCGCCCACAUCAUGGAGAAGGAAAAAAAGGAGAAAAACUCUCGCUUCAUCAAUCCGAGUGACGGAGACGAGUCGUUGAUAGAAGAUAUAACUGAAACGGCAAUCGAGUCCGCCAAUUCCAUGGAACUGGAGGAUGCAACUCUCAACAGUCUCAUGACGAGCGGUGCGGCAGGUGGUGAGAUGGUUAAAAAGGAUGAUCUAUGGCAGUGUCUGUUUGGAGCUACGGCUGGAAAGGAUGAUCACGGUCUUUCAAGUGAUGCAGAGAGAGAAGUUGGCCGCUUCUUGCGCGGCGAGGCUGCGGAGCAGAGAAGAGAGGAAGCUAUGAUUUAA